UCCCCCUCUAUCAUUCCAACAUCGAGCUGAAACAAUUAUCAAAUCUUAAGCCCUUUGCAUAUUUUACUCCAAUUCAAUCAAUGUCGAUCAUUCGCAGAAGCAACGUCUUCGACCCCUCCUCCUUCGACAUCUGGAACCCAUUCGAAGGUGUCAACUCCUUCUUCGACAACGCCCUCUCCGCUCCAGGCUCCAAUUACGCGAACGAGGCGUCGGCCUUCGCCAACACACGCAUCGACUGGAAGGAGACGCCGGAGGCCCACAUAUUCAAGGCCGAUCUCCCCGGCGUAAAAAAAGAGGAGGUUAAGGUCGAAGUCGUGGAAGGCGGAGUCCUUCAGAUCAGCGGCGAGCGGAAAAAGGAACAGGAGGAGAAAACCGAUCGCUGGCAUCGCAUCGAGCGCAACAGCGGUAAGUUCCUUCGCCGAUUCCGACUUCCUGAGAACGUGAAGGUGGAUCAGGUGAAAGCGUCCAUCGAGAAUGGCGUGCUUAGUGUUUUCGUGCCCAAGGAGGAGGUCAAGAAGCCUGAGGUGAAGUCUAUUGAGAUUUCUGGAGAGUAGAAAUGGAGCAAGCUGGUUUGUGUCUCGAAUUGCUGCUGCUUUUUGCUUGAUUUGUUUUCUGCUAGAGUCAUAUGUGUGCUGAGUUUUAUGAACUGCUGUGUGUGAUAUAGUUUUCCUUUUGCGAUCGGUCCAAAGUGUCUGCUGCUUUUGGUAUUGUAGAUGUUUUAAGCAGUGAUGAUUUUUCAUGGAGGUUGAAUUUCUGUAAUGUUUUGUCUUCCAAUAUCAGUAGUAGUAAAAUAAAGAUGCUGUUGCCAUAU